AUGCACCGCCCUUACGAGCUGGUCUUAUCUCCUCACGCGAGUAAUGGCCUUGCACCGGAGGAGUCUAGGGAGAAGAUCCCGACAAAGAUGGGCAAGAGUUCGGUGAUGAUUAAGGAUGGGGAUAUUGUUAUUCAGGAGAGUUCGGCGCUUGGGGAGUAUAUCCUCGAAACAUAUGACCCAUCCUCAAAAUCCGGCCUCCUCCCACCGACAGGCGAUCCGAAAUCCCGCGCGAAAGUGCGUGAAUUGAUUGCCGCCGCCGAGGGGACGUUCAUGAUCCAUGCAUUGGCCAUCCUCUACGCCCGCUGGCGUCUCCCAAAACCCGCCGCAGAAUAUCUACCGGAAAUGGAGAAACCCCUGUCCGUGAACAUUCACAACGACCUGAACUGGCUGGACUCCGAACUCUCCGAUGGACGGGAAUGA